AAAAAUACCAAAGUGACUGUAAACAUAUUCACAACCAGGAAUAUUUCUUACUCAUACUUUUCAUGAAAAUAUCAAUAUCUCUCCAAUACGAGCACUUUAACCUCUCUAACAGCAGGUAAAACAGGUAACAAAUGGUUAUAUUUGCAGAAACUAACUUGCAUGCAAUAAGAUUUAUUUAAGGGAAUAGCACUUCCCUUUGUGUAUCAAUCACAGUAUUUUAUCUUAUACCAUUGCUUUUCUUCUACUCACCGCAAUGAGUAAUAUAUAGACAAAUGUAUGCAGAAGCAGUCUGUGUCUCUCAUUCUCAUUUGCCUUGCUGUUGCUCUCCUAUUAGCUGUCGCUAUGCAGUCCUCUAGACACAGUGUGGCAGGAACUCUGUUACCUUGACAGUAGGUACAGAUGCAGCUUUAGCACUUGCAGUCUGCCUCACGUUUGUAACACCCUCGCUCCUUCCGGUCAUUUGUUCCAGGGGAGGAAUGACACCAGCAUUUCUGAGCUGUUCUUGUGUUUUCUCCCAGAACACUCGGGGAAAGCAGACUUCGUGAUCUCCAUGCUAACUACCAGCCUGCCUGCUGCCAGUUCUCCGUACUUCUGCCAGUGAUGACAUUCAGCUUGCUCCUCCACACAGGAUACAGCACUGAUUCCUCAUUAUGUAAGGCAGUCUAGGUCAAGUGUAGGAGAGAGACUGCUGGCCUGAGCAAGCUAGUGGAUUGCUCCCCCAGCUUCAUGCUUCAUGGGGUCUGGAAGCCGGAUCCUGAUCUUUGCUACAUCUUCUCAGUAUUUUCCUAUGCAGAAGAAUAAAUGGUAAUUAAAAUGUGCAGGAUGAAAAGAUGGAGCAGUCAGUGCUUGUACCACCAGGACCAGACAGCUUCCAGUACUUCACUAGAGAGUCUCUUGCAGCUAUUGAACAACGCAUCGCUGCAGAAAAAGCUAAGAAUCCUAAACAAGAUCGUAAAGACGAUGAUGAAAAUGGGCCGAAGCCAAACAGUGAUUUGGAGGCAGGAAAAACACUUCCAUUUAUAUAUGGUGACAUACCUCCAGGAAUGGUGUCUGAGCCCUUGGAAGACAUGGACCCAUAUUACAUCAAUAAAAAAACCUUUAUAGUAUUGAAUAAAGGGAAGGCAAUCUUCCGAUUCAGUGCCACCUCUGCCCUGUACAUUUUAACUCCCUUCAAUCCUCUUAGAAAAAUAGCUAUUAAAAUUUUGGUACAUUCAUUAUUCAGCAUGCUUAUCAUGUGCACUAUUUUGACCAACUGUGUAUUUAUGACCAUGAGUAACCCUCCAGACUGGACGAAGAAUGUAGAGUAUACGUUCACUGGAAUUUACACAUUUGAGUCACUCAUAAAAAUCAUUGCAAGGGGCUUUUGCUUAGAAGAUUUUACCUUUCUUCGAGACCCAUGGAACUGGCUAGAUUUCACUGUCAUUACAUUUGCGUAUGUAACAGAAUUUGUAAACCUAGGCAAUGUUUCAGCUCUUCGAACUUUCAGAGUAUUGAGAGCUUUGAAAACUAUUUCUGUAAUUCCAGGCUUGAAGACUAUUGUGGGAGCCCUAAUUCAGUCUGUGAAGAAGCUCUCCGAUGUUAUGAUCCUGACUGUAUUUUGUCUGAGUGUAUUUGCACUAAUA